AUGAGUACAGAAACAAAAACCGCAGCUACAACUCCAGAUUAUACAAUUGCCAAUUCUGAUGUUGUUUCCAAAUAUAAAACAGCUGGUGAAAUUGCCAAUCGUGUCUUGGCACAAGUCAGAGCAUUAACUAUUGAUGGUGCUACUACUUAUGAACUUUCAGUUAAAGGUGAUGAAUUAUUAAAUGAAGAAUUAUCCAAAAUUUAUAAUUCCAAGAAGACUUCCAAAAUUCCAAAAGGAAUUGCAUUCCCAACUUGUGUUAAUCCAAAUCAUAUUCCUGCUCAUUUAGCUCCAAUUAGUGAAGAUGAUGAAGCAAACAUUAAGUUGAAGGAUGGCGAUGUUGUUAACAUCAUGUUGGGUGUUCAAAUUGAUGGGUUCCCAGCUAUUGUUGCUGAAACUAUUGUUGUUGGCGAGAGUGCUGAAAACCCAAUUACUGGUAAAAAGGCAGAUUUAUUACAUGCAGCAUGGAAAGCUUCUGAAGCAGCCAUUAGAACUUUUAGACCAAAAAAUAGAAAUUGGGAUGUUACCAAUAUUGUUGGGAAAGUUGCAAAAGAAUUUGAAUGUACUCCUGUUGAAAGUAUGUUAUCUCAUAAUCAAGAAAGAAAUGUAUUAUAUGGAUCUAAAGAAAUCAUUAUUAAUCCAACUAAACAAAAUAAAAGUUCUAUGGAAACUGUUAGAUUUGACGAAAAUGAUGUUUUCGGAUUAGAUAUUUUGAUUUCAACUUCUGCUGAUGGGAAAGUUAAACCAGGUAAUUAUAGAACUUCCUUAUAUAAACUUACUGGUAAUUCAUAUGCUUUAAAGAUGAAAUUAUCUCAUAAAAUUUUAAGUGAGUUUAAGACCAAAUGUAAUAAUCAACCUUUCCCUUAUAAUAUCCGUAAUUUAGAUGAACCAAAGAAAUCAAGAGGUGGAUUGGCUGAACCAACUAACCAUAAGGUUCUUUUACCUUAUGAUAUUGUUGUUGAAAAGGAAGGUGAAUAUAUUGCUCAAUUCUUUACUACCUUUGGUAUCACUAAGAAUGGUAUUGUUAGAUAUACUACUCCUACUUUUAACCCUGAAUUAUAUAAAACUGAAAAAGAAAUUAAGGAUGAAGAAGUAUUAGAAACUUUGGCCCAACCUUUAAAGACUCCAAAGAAGAAGGCUGCUCCAAAGGCUGAAUAG